AUGAGUGCUAUGUUCGCCAAUACGCGAGCCAAUCAGUCUUCUUUGAACACUGCUAGCCCUAACCUGAUAGAGUUUAAGGCUGGACGUUCUAAUUUGCAAGCAGGAACGGAGAACAAGAAAAAAGUUGUUGCCGACAAAUGUAAGGGGACCAUAAUCAUUAAACAAUCCUCUGACCAGUUGAUGCAUUUCUGCUGGAAAAACAGAGAAACCGGAGCUAUCGUCGACGAUUUGAUCAUUUUCCCCGGUGAUACUGAAUUUCGUGAGGUGAAAGGAUGCCCCGACGGCCAAGUGUUCAUGCUUAAGUUCAAAACUUCCAAUGAGAGUCGUUUCUUCUGGGUACAAGAGCCAGAUAUUGAAAAAGAUAUUGUUCAGAAGGUUAAUGAUACUCUAAACAAGCCUCCUUCUCAAAGAAUGGCUGCCCGUGGAGGUUCCAGUGAACGUCAUGUUGCUCCAUCCGUAACUGGUUUCCCAGGAACAGAGGAGUUCUCAACAUUGGGUGGAAUCGAUCAUCAGCAGCUUGUUCAGCUGCUCCAAUUCAUGAAUCCUGGAAACAACUCUGAGUCUGGAUUGACUCAAUUGAACAAUGCCAGUAACGAAUCAGAGCUCCAACAAUUGGUUAAUCAGCUUCAGCAACCUGAGGGCUCUCAACCCUAUGUCCAUUUGGACGAAGUUCUCUCUGGAGAACGUGUUGCAGGGACUGUUCAGAAUAAUCAAGACCGAUUGCUUCCUCACAUUCCUGAAAGUGAUAAUGCAGCUGAAGAACUUGCCAGCACUAUCCACUCACCUCAAUUCAAACAGGCUACUAACGCUUUUGGACAAGCCCUCCAGACAGGGCAAAUGGGUCCUGUACUCGAGCGUUUUGGUGUCUCCUCUGAAGCUACCAAAGCUGCUGCCAAUGGAAAUCUUGUUGAGUUCGCCAAGAAGUUGACCGAGGUUGAGCAAGGUACUGCCUCAACCGAAGCGGGAGCAUCAGCUUCAGAUGACAAUAUCAAAGAACCAGUUCCGAAAAAGGGAAAGCCUGAUGAUGAUACUAUGGAUCUUGACUGA